AUGCUGCUCUGCUGCCACUGCGCGCAAAGACCAACCAGGCCCGGCUCUCCUUUCAUCAGCCUUGAAUCAUCGACAAACUCUCUUUCUUUCCCUCUCGCCGUCCCGCCUCACCCUCGUUCCUACCCCACGCCUCCCGCUUCCUCUCCGUCAAGAAUUCUGCCCUUCGCCAGUCACUCGUUUCAGCGGACGAAGGUGUACCCUCUUCACGGCUUGCGUAAUCCCUUUUUACCCUGGCGUCGCACCUGCAUCGGCCCUAGUUGUUGA